CCCGUUGGCAAAACUUUAAGCACUUUAAAAAGAGUAUAAAACCGCGAUAACAUUUUCGCGCCCAUUUCGGAUUCCCAACCCUUGCAGUUUGUAUUUUUAAUUGCUCGAAUGGUUUUUGUGGCAUUAAGCCUAGAUGGCAAAAGAGCAUCAGCAGUGCAGUUAGAAGAGGAUGUAAUAUAUCGCAUUGGGCGCAGGUUGGGACUGGAGUUUCAUAGUGACAAAGAGUCCAUUGAGCUCGCACAUGCAACUAUAACACAUAUAGCUGGACAAAUAGUGCGAGUGUCGGCAGUGGCCGGCAAAGUGUAUGUGAAUGGCCAAGAAGUGGAAGUAAAGAGUAUCAGCAAUUCUGAUAUCGUCAAUGGUAUUGUGCGUUUGCGCUUCGGUGAUUUAAAUGCCAACUUGUACUUUAAUGAUGGCAAUGAAUCGGCUCAUGAUAGUAGUGGCUACGUUGAAGGGACUAAAGAUAAGUCAGCCAAUACAACCGGUAAUAGUUUAAUCAUUCCAGAAUCAACGCCGCCAUCGGCAGACACAACUCGGGAUGAGGAUAGCUUCAAUAUACCGGAAACACAAGCCUUUUCCUUUACUAAACCUUCAAGAUGUCUCAAUGACUCCAAGAUCUCUUGUGGCGAUGAUUUUGUAAUACCGGAAACACAAGCUAUUCCCUUUACCCGUCCUUCAAGAGGUCAUGAUGAUUUUCUUAUACCGGAAACACAAGAAGUUCUGACACAAAGCAAUCAACCGGUUACAGCUCCUCCAGUUCAAGAUCAAGAUCUGGAUAUUGUCAGUGACGAUGAUGCAUCCGAGCUGGGCACUCAAAUCCGGAUUUGCACACAAGAGUUUAAUGAAUUCAAUGAAGAUGCUAUUGAUGAUUUUGAUUCGUCCCUUUUGCUUGGCGAUGAUAAUGUUAGUUCAGCAUUGUUCGGCAGAGUUAGUUCCAAGAAAACUCCUGAUAUUUUAAACUGUGCGAAAGCCAUCGAAGUAUUCUCUCGUAGCGAUCUUUGUUUAACACCAGACUUGUCCGCAGCAGGAAAUAAGUCGAAUGAACCUGAUGAUGUACCCUGCACACCCGAUAUAUUCGAUUAUCCACAAGCUGAUGCCAAUGAAGAUAGUGGUUCAGGAGCAGCUGAAUUAACAAACGUGAAUGUGGAUGCCCAUUCUAGCUCAACUCUUCAACCUUUUGUGGCCAGCAUUGAAACGCCGGAGGCAACACCAGCCGAUCCGAUAAAUCACUUGGAAGAUGACAUUGCAACACAGGCGUUUCCAGGACGAAAGUCAAAUGAAACAGCACAGGAUUUUAUUGCGACGCAGGCAUUUGAAAGAGUGCAUUUGCGGGUUUCGUGUAACUCAAGUAAAGAUGAAGACAAUGAGGAUCAGGACUUUAUUGAAACUCAGGCAUUUUCCACAAGAAAAUCAAAUAAAGAUAAAGAAAAUGAGGAUUUCAUUGAAACUCAGGCAUUCCCCAAAAGAAAAUCAUUUCAGUCGCCACAAUUAGAGUCCAUCAUGAGUAAAGAACAAGAUAAUGAAGACUUUCUUGAAACCCAGGCAUUCCCCGGAAAAAACAUAUUUCGGACACCACAAUUAAAAUCAAAUUCAAUUAAAAAUCCGAAGGACUUUACUCAAACCCAUGCGUUUCCCACAAGCAAAUCGAAUAAAUAUGAGGAAAAUCAGGAUUUUAUAAACACCGAGGCAUUUCCUACAAGGAAUUCAAGUAAAGAUGAGUCAAAUCAGGACUUAAUUGAAACUCAGGUAUUUCCCACAAGAAAUUUAAUGAAAGAUGUAAUAAAUCAGGACUUUAUUGAAACCCAGGCAUUCCCCGGAAGAAACACAUUUCAGACACCAAAAUUAAAAUCAAAUUUAUGUAAAAAUCCUGAGGACUUUAUUGAAAACCAUGCAUUUCCAGCAAGGAAAUCAGAUAAAGAUAUGGAAAAUCAGGACUUUAUUGCUACACAGUCAUUUACUCGUCAUCCUCAAACAUCUAAAACAAUCCCGAAUAAUACAGUUGCCAACAAUUUAAACAAUACUGAUGACUUUAAAGAAACCCAAUUGUUUGUUAGUCAUAAAAACAGAGACCAAAGUGAAUGCAGUCGGCUUGAAAUAUCCGAUUCCAUAAGUAUCUGUGACAAUUUAGAUGAGGAACUCAAGCAAUUGAUUGCACUUUCCUCAUUGCCAAGUUCCCCAUCCGAUGUUGAGGACCAUGAUAGGAUAAUAAAUUCAACUGUUAUCACAGAAAAAACACAUAAGAAACGGCUGUGUCAAAUGCAGGAAUUAGUUACAGAAUUUAACAGGCAGGAAACAUGUGCAAAAUUGGAAAGAAAUCGGUUUGGACCUCAUUUAGAAUUGACGGAGGCAUCGCCCCGCAAAAUCAAACGCACACGGAAACUUUCAGCACCGGCAACUCCUGCUGAUUUCAAAGCACCAUCGAAAGCUACAAGAAUUCACCAAAAGAGAUCAAUAGUGCUAAAUGAAGAGCAAAUAACGCCUGCCAAGAAAAUGUGUUCUGAAAUAUCGAAAGUGGACGAAUCUGUCAAUAAAGAGGAAAAGCAGACUCGAGCUCAAACAACACAGAAAGCGGAGAAGAGAGUUAAAAUCCUAAAACCUACAAAGCAAACUUCGAGUCAAGACGACAAUAAACCAACGACUAUAAAUAAUAAAGCAGCCAACUCCGUAGAACGGCAACCAGUGACCAGCAGACGAACCAGAAAAGGUACUCAGAAAAUUGAUGUUGACAGAGAUAUAAAUUCAGAAGACUGCUCUUCAGCUAAAAAAAUCGAUAAUGCUUUAGUCACAGAGGAUGAUGAUAAAACAAGCAUCUCAGUAGAACAAAAGUCCGUGAACCAAAGACGAACUAGACAAAAUACUCAGAAAGUGAAUGUUGACAGCUUUAUUAGUAUAGAAGAAGACUCUUCCGUUCAAAAUAUCGGUAAAGCUAUAGUUCCAGUCAGUGAAAAGGAUUCCAGCAAAACGGAAGUACCAGAGAGCUCAAAAUUGGUGAAAAAUGUUGGUAAAUCCAAGGCUAAAGCGAAUGUUUCUAUAGCCAAAACAUCAGAAGAAUCAUCUGCCACGCCCAUUGAUGAAGAGCCAACGUCUAUUGUUAAAAAAACAAUGAGUGCGCGCAGAAACAGAUUGCCCAACCAGGAUCCACUUAAAGACAUAAACGAUUACAUAAAGAAAAUAAAAAAUUCAGGGCGAAAAAUUCAAAUUACAUUAUCGAUGUGCAAUUAUGCUGAACUGCGCUCAUUAUUAAAUUCGUUAAGAAACGUUGUCGAUGUCAUUGAAAAUCCGUUAUGCUCAGAUUUACUGCUCAUGGAAAAGGGAGAACGCACCUAUAAGUUUUUGGUGGGAAUUGCAUCUAAUAAGCCCGUUUUAUCGACUUCUUGGCUGCACGCGAUUAAGGAAACACGCUCCAUAACAGUCCAACCGAAUCACAUAUUUAAAGAUACAAAAUUCGAGGAGCUCUUCAAGUUCAAUCCUUUAUCGGUAAUGAAACAACCCAGGAUACUAAAAGGACUUCAUUUUAUGCUCGGUAAUACUAUACAGCCCAGUGAUAAGGAAAUGAAAGCAAUCGUUGAAAGUGCUGGUGGAACGGUGCACAGCAAACCGCCUCCAACUGCCACCAAUGUGCGUCUCUAUGUGAUUGCCUGUAAACAGGAUCAAAAACUCUUCAAGGAACUCGGCAAAUAUCCCAAUCGAAUAUAUAUUAAAACAGAAGGCGUUAUGCAAGCGCUCGUUCAGCAAAAAUCUGAGCUGAUGGAUGAGUACAAGCUGCCAAUUUAAAUAAUUUUUAUUAUUUUAAUAAUUUUUUUUAGAUAUUUUAAACCAACUGGGUUCAGUGAUAUAAUUAA